UGUUUUGUUCCCCUCCUGGCUGCAGCCCAAAUCGAAGUGAUCCCGUGUAAGAUCUGCGGAGACAAGUCUUCGGGGAUUCACUAUGGUGUCAUCACCUGUGAAGGCUGUAAGGGUUUCUUCCGGAGAAGCCAGCAGAAUAACGCCAGCUACUCCUGCUCGCGCCAGAGGAACUGCCUGAUCGACCGGACCAACCGGAACCGGUGCCAGCACUGCCGCCUGCAGAAAUGUCUGGCGCUGGGCAUGUCGCGUGACGCGGUGAAGUUCGGCCGCAUGUCCAAGAAGCAGCGGGACAGCCUGUAUGCGGAGGUGCAGAAGCACCAGCAAAACCAGGAGCAGAACGGGGUCUCCAAGGACGACUCCGAGGCCCUGGCACGGGUCUACCCCACCAGCGUGAGCAGUGGGGUCUCGGACCUGGACGACAUCUCCCCGCUGUCGGACGGGCUCCUCUUCGACUUCCCACUCACCCCCGAUGGAGGCAGCACCUACUACAACCUCGACCUCCUGACCUCGGCCCAGCCCUCGCCCGACCAGUCCAGCAUGGACGUCAGCGAUGCCAAACUCAUCAAGCAGGAGUCCAUCUACGAGCUGAUGCUGGAGCCCGGCCUCUUUGCCCACGGCACCCUGGAGGGCAGCCAGCUCGCCUCGGACAUUUCAAUGCUCGAGAUCGACCGGAUCGCUCAGAACGUGGUCAAGUCCCACCUGGAGACCUGCCAGUACACGACGGAGGAGCUCAAGAGGCUAGCAUGGAUGUUGUACACCCAGGAGGAGAUCAGGAGCUUGCAGAACAAGAGCUGCGAGACCAUGUGGCAGCAGUGCUCCCUGCAGAUCUCCAACGCCAUUCAGUACGUGGUGGAGUUCGCCAAGCGCAUCGACGGCUUCAUGGAGCUCUGCCAGAACGACCAGAUCAUCCUCCUCAAAGCAGGUUGCCUGGAAGUGCUUCUGAUCCGAAUGAUUCGGGCAUUCAACCCUUUAAAUAACACGGUGCUCUUCGAGGGGAAAUACGGUGGCAUGCAGAUGUUCAAGUCGCUUGGCUGCGACGACCUUAUCAAUGCCGUCUUCGAGCUCGGGAGGAACCUGUGCCGGCUACAGCUCUCGGACGAGGAGAUUGCACUGUUCACUGCAGCCGUCCUGCUCUCUCCAGAUCGCCCUUGGCUCACGGAAUCCAAGAAGGUGCAGAAGCUCCAGGACAAGAUCUACAUAGCCCUGCAGCACGAGAUCCAGAAGAAACACUCCAGCGAGGAUAAGCUCUCGAAGAUGAUUUCCAAGCUGCCCUUGAUGAAAACCAUCUGCAACCUGCACUUGGACAAGUUGGAGUUUUUCCGGCUCCUGCAUCCGGAGACCGUUAUGAACUUUCCGCCCCUGUACAAGGAAGUAUUCAACUCGGAGCUCCAGUACAGCGACCCGCGAGAGAGCUAA